AUGCCGGCCAAUUCUUGCACUUAUGUAAGUUUUUUGGUGUUGAGGGUAUUAUUACCAUUAGUAAAUGUCCCGAUGUUAAAUUACACCUUAGCAUGGCUUGAAUCUGCUGGUGUUGAAGAGGUUAUUGUCUUUUGCUGUGCUCAUUCCAAGCAAGUGAUUGAUUAUUUGGAGAGUUCUGAGUGGUUUUCUCAUCCAAACUUUUCGGUCACAACGAUAGUGUUCCACGAUUCUAUCAAUGUUGAUGAUGCUUUGCGCGUAAUUUAUGAGCGCAAUGUGAUAACUGGAGAUUUCAUCCUUAUUAGCGGAGACACUGUGAGCAACAUGUCACUUACGCAGGUGCUUAAAGAACAUAAGGAGAGAAAGAAGAAAGAUAGUAAUGCUGUAAUGACCAUGGUUAUUAGACCGUCAAAGCCUUGUCCAAUUACUUGCCAAUCUCGACUUGGUACUGAUGAGCUGUUUAUGGCAAUAGAUCCUAAUACGAAGCAGCUUUUAUAUUAUGAGGACAAGGCAGACUAUUCAAAAGGGGUGAUAUGUCUUGAUAAGUUGCUGCUCACUGAAAAUCCAUCGAUUUCUUUGCACAACGAUGCACAGGAUUGCUAUAUUGACAUCUGCUCGCCAGAAGUGCUUAGCCUUUUUACAGACAAUUUUGAUUAUCAACAUCUACGAAGCCAUUUUGUCAAGGGCUUGCUAGCUGAUGAUAUUAUGGACUACAAAAUCUUCACUCAUGAAAUUCACCCAAGUUAUGCGGCUAGAAUUGAUAACUUCCGAAGCUAUGACACUAUUAGUAAGGACAUAAGCCAGAGGAGGACAUACCCAUUUGUGCCAGAUGUUAAGUUCUUUGGGAACUCUGCCACCAAACUUGAAAGACAGGGGAUGUAUCGAGCAUCGGAAGUAGUGCAAUCUCGGUCUGCAGAAAUUGGUCCUUUUACUCUUAUUGGAAAUAGUACCAAGAUUGAGAGCAACACUAAGAUUUCAAAUUCAGUUGUUGGGGAAGGUUGUACUAUAGGAUCAAAUGUUUCAAUAGAAGGUUCCUAUAUAUGGGAUAAUGUCAUUAUUGAAGAUGAUUGUAAGAUAAUGCAUGCAAUAGCAUGUGAUUGAGUGGUUAUGAAGUCAGGAGCAGUUUUGGAACCUGGCGUGGUUUUAUCUUUUAAGGUUGUAAUAGGGCAACAAUUUGUUGUUCCUUCAUACUCAAAGGUAUCAUUGCAUCCACAACCAACUAAGCAGGAUAGUGAUGAGGAGCUGGAGUAUGCUGACGAUAGCGGUGGGGUUGUAGAAAUUUUAUGUAACUUCUACUGCAUCCCAUCUUUUUCCUACUUUUCUGGAUUGUUUUUGCAAAGCGUAUAG